GGUGAGAAUGGAGAACUGAAGAACAGAAAAGGAGUUUUAUUCAACCAUAUUGAUUUCCCACUUGGAGAUCCAGACAAGAAGGAUCUUACAUAUGCAGACUCAAGCAUAGUUCCUGAUAUAGGUUCUGGGAAAGGACUGUACGCGGAUAGUAGUAUAGGGGAGGGAAUGGAUAUCACCAUAGAGGGAGAACCAACAUUCCAGGGGGUGAAGGAAUGCUGUAAUGACUCUGUGCACUCCGGAGACUCUGGUUGGCGGAGGUCAAAGGCUCGGAAGUCUGGCUCCGUUGAGGAGAUGGAGUUCGACGAGGGGAAGGCAGAGAUUGAUGAUGUUGUUUCCUAUGUCGAGGAGAUUAAACAGGUUGAGGAAGUACUUUAUGACCCCGUGGAUGAUAUAACUGUUGAGGACUGCUGUCCCCCCGUCUGUUACCGUGUCUGUCCCUGCUGUCUAGGAGACAUUGACUCACCCUUCUGGCAGCUGUGGUACAAACAUAGGCUUCAAAUUUCCAGAUUGAUCGAGGACAAGUACUUCGAGACCGUUGUGUUAGCGUUGAUUCUUCUCAGCAGCUUUGUCAUGACCUUGGAGGAUGUUUGGUUCGAGACGAGGCCGUUACUGGUCGAUUCUUUGUACUAUUUAGACAGAAUACUUACAGUCGUCUUCUUCUUAGAAACCUGUCUCAAGGUGCUGGCUAUGGGUUGUGUGGCGUACUUCAGCAACUCUUGGUGCUGGCUCGACUUUGUCAUCGUUGCAGUCUCUAUCAUAAACUUCACCGCCUCCCUCCUCGGAGCAGGAAACAUCCCGAUCUUCAAAACUAUGAGAACUUUGAGAGCGCUCAGACCGCUUCGUGCCAUGGCGAAGAUGGAGGGCAUGAAGGUUGUGGUCAACGCUUUGGUCGGUGCGCUGCCCAGUAUCUUCAACGUGUUGUUGGUCUGUCUCAUCUUCUGGUUGAUCUUUGCCAUCAUCGGUGUGAAUACCUUCAUGGGGAAGUACCAGCGUUGUGUGGAUGAAGAUAGCGGGGAGAGGUUCAAUCAUGAAAUAAUUCCUAACAAGACGGUGUGUCUCAAUGAAACAGGAGGUUUAUGGGUCAACCCAGUGAUAUCCUUUGAUAAUGUGUUUCUUGCCUAUCUUGCCCUGUUUCAAAUUGCCACCUUCAAGGGUUGGAUGGAUAUUAUGGAUGCUGCUGUGGACAGUACAGAGUUGAAUAAACAGCCAUUCCGAGAGAAUUCGCUUUACAUGUAUCUCUUUUUUGUUCUCUUCAUCGUGUUUGGAUCCUUCUUCACCCUCAACCUGUUGGUCGGUGUUAUCAUUGACAAGUUUAAUGAACAAAAGAACAAGGGCGGAUCCUCACUUGACGCGUUCAUGACUGAGGAUCAGAAGAAAUAUAUUGCGGCAAUGAAAAAGGCGGGAAAUAAGAAACCAGUUAAGGCGCUGCCGCGACCCACGUGGGGACCUCAAGCAAUCGUUUUUGGAAUUAUCACCAAUAAGAAGUUUGAUAUGAUAGUCAUGGGCUUUAUUGGUCUCAAUAUGGUGUGUAUGAUGUGUGAUCAUUGGAAACAAAGUGCUCAAGCAACUUUUGUCCUCAACAAUCUGAAUCUUGGAUUUAUUGUGAUAUUUACAUCUGAGAUGUUAAUGAAGAUGUUUGCACUUCGGCAUCAUUACUUUGCCGAGCCCUGGAACAUCUUUGACUUUGUCGUUGUCAUGCUCUCCCUCGCCUCCCUCUUCCUAAGUGACCUUAUAGAGAAGUAUUUCGUCUCCCCAACCCUUCUCAGAGUUGUCAGAGUAGCAAAGGUUGGCAGAGUGCUCCGUUUAAUCAAGGGAGCUAAAGGUAUCCGAACCCUCCUCUUCUCCCUCAUCAUGUCUAUGCCGGCCCUCCUCAACAUCUGCCUCCUUCUCUUCCUCGUCAUGUUUAUCUUUGCCGUGUUCGGCAUGUCCCUGUUUAAGAAUGUUCAGAUUCGCGGCGGUUUCAAUGAUGUUCACAACUUCAAGACCUUCUUUAAAACAUUUAUCCUACUUUUUCAAAUGGCGACUAGUGCAGGUUGGGAUGGAACCCUUAAUGCUAUCUUUGAUGAUACUGAUUGUAAGAAGCCUGAUGCAGAAAUAGGAGAAACGGGAGAUUGCGGAACUUUUGGGGCCGGAGUCGUUUUUAUGAUUGCUUAUCUAGUAUUAAGUUUCCUGAUUAUCGUGAACAUGUAUAUUGCUGUCAUCCUGGAGAACUAUAGCCAGGCCACGGAGGAUGUCCAAGAGGGAAUCACUGAUGAAGAUUAUGAUUUAUUCUACGAAAUCUGGCAGGAAUUCGACCCAGACGGCACACAGUACAUUGACUACAAGAAUCUUUCCGAGUUUCUGGAUGUACUUGAGUUACCAUUGCAGAUACCCAGACCUAACAAAUUCAAGAUUAUUCACAUGGAUAUUCCUAUAGUUAGAUGGACAAGUCCUGAGUCUGGAGAGACAAAGGAGGAUAUGGUGUUCUGUACUGAUAUCCUUGAUGCUCUCACACAGGACUUCUUUGCAAGGAAGGGAAAUCCAAUAGAAGAACCUUCCCAUGUAGAGGAGGUUAAGGUCACUACAUUUGCGGACAGACCAGGUUAUGAAAGAACCUCAUCCUCUCUGUGGAAACAACGAGAGGAGUACUGCGCCUCAUUAAUACAGAAGGCGUGGAAGGUGCACAAGGUCCGGGCUACCGGAACCUCGGUCAGCAAGGUUGACGACCCCGUAACCUCUGAUGAUGAAGGGCCUAGUGAAGCCGGAGGGUCAAAUAGUAAACAUUUAAUAGAAGUCAAAUCAGCUAUAAGCCCGACAUAGUGAAGUAGAUAGACACAGAGCUAAUGUGAUAUUGAAGCUGAUAUACAUAUGUCCCCAGAACAAAAUAUAAAUGUAUAUAUAUAUUCUUAGUCUUGCAAGAAUAUAUAUCUAUAUAUUUAUAUUUAAAUUUCCCAAGAACAGUCUCUACUUGGCUGAAUCCAGGCCAGAAAUGAGAUUGCCCUACAGUGUUAACUGUCAAAGCAGGAAAGGAGAAGUGCAGUUUGCGGCUCCCUUCCCAAAGGGUCAGCUUAGUAAAAAUUUGCUACGUGAUAAAAAGGUCUAUAUAUAAAAGUUAUGAACUGUACACCCCUGCUUAUCAGUCCCUCAGCUAGUCUCGACCUACAACAGUUAAAAAAGUGCCUUAAGAAGGUAUAUAUGGAGUUCUAAGUAACUGUUAACUAGACCUCUGCGCUCUCCUACACUACCUAAUGGAAGAAAGACAACCCCGGGUGGGGGGUUAACUUGCAUCUAGAAUGCACUGUACAUAAAAGUUCGGUGAUAGACCAAGUCAAUUGCCUGGAGUUCUCUCUCCACGAGGAAAACUGCGCAAUUGCGCCACAUGCUCAAAACCAGUCUUACUCAUCCCGCGCCAGGACAUUUAUACAUUAGUCAACUCUAUAUGGACCACCCGACUUCCAUUCAUCGGAAAAGGGAGACGGGUGGCAAAUUUUUUUAAACAGCAGAAAAUUCCUGAUAAUGAACACACUUCUGGCUUGAUAGCACUUACUUAAAUAUAAUUUUCUGUUGAGUAAAAAAGUUUGAAAUACUAUAAAUUAGAUUAUUUAUUCAGCUUGAAUUGUUAUUUGAACAGAAAUGUUGAUGUUUUUGCUGAUAUUAUUGGCUGUUUACUACUGAGUACAGUAUGGCCCUGCUUUGCGUAUUGUACAAGGAAUAAUUAGUCGCCAUGACAAACCAAACCAAACUUUAAACACGUGUCAGCAACAUGGCGUGCUGAUUGUGCAAUUUGGUCCGAGGCAAGAAAUUAAACUUAGAAAAAUCUAGUAACAUUUUGGCCAUUGCAUUGCUCAUUUUGAAACAAUCACUCAGAGAUUUGAGAGCUUUUUAAAUUGCAGACAGUUUUUAAAAAUUACUAAGCCCCCAUAUUCUAUCAUUGAUGACAAUCAUACCUUAAGAUUUAUGUGUUAAAGUGUUUAAAAUUGUUUAAAUUGUUUAGGUGUCCGAACAACCUAUACACCGUUACAUAUAUUAUUCUAAAUUUUAUCAAGAUAUUUAUUGUCUCAGCCUUUCUUUGUGAUUUUUAUUGAUUUUAGGCGUUAUUAAACUAAAUAGCAAAAUAAAGGGUAUUUCAUUUUUUUCUAAAAUAACCCAAAAAAUCUUCUCAUAAUGGUUUAUUAUAAAUACCGGUGUAAAUUUUUUUUCAAAGUUGUGAACAGGAAGAUAAAAUUCUGUCUUUUUUGAUUUGUAACAAAUUAAAAUGUGGAGCUUUUUUGUCAAUUUUUAAUAUGGCCUAAUGCUGCACCCUGGCCAGUUAUUGGCCCAAACAGAGAUCUAAAUUGCUCAUUUAUUAAAAAAUAUUUUUUUUCUACAAAUAAGCUUUAAUAUGCUUUUGUGAUACAGAUGCAGAUAAUACAAAUUUUUCUUAUCUAUUAUCUGCUAGGUUUGGUUGCCGCUAAAUCAGCUGUUUGGGAACAAAUGCGCGAGCAUGCUCUCCGGCAAUGUGCAGAAUAACCGCCAUUUUGGCAAAUUGUCCGAAAGAGUGGUUUAACUUAAAUAUUGUUUGGUUUGCUGCAUUUAUUUUCAAUAUGUUGUUCAGAGGAUUGUUUUAGACAGUUACACUGAAGAUAUGAAAACAUUUGUGACACAACCAGAGAAAUAGAUUUCAAGGAAUUAUAUGAAUUUAUUAUUUAUUUAUAAAUUAAAAGUUAAGCAUAUAAUUCUAAAAUUUAUAUAUUUCGUCUGUUCUAAAAUGUUGAAAUUUCUUCCACAAAUAUUGAUAUGACAUACCUUAAGUGGAAUAUUAAUGGCAGGAGUUAUUUCGUCAGUAUUUCUUCUUAAACAGUCAAAGAAAUCAACACCAGCGAUCCAAGCGGUCAAAUUAUGAACUAGUGCGCGAAAAUGGAAAUGUUUUGACUGUUUCUUUAUACAAUUCUAAAAGAUUUUUGGAAAAUGUACUCACUUCACCUCAAUUCAUUAUUCUUAGCAUAAGCUGUUCUCUAAACAUUGUUGUACAACGUUAAUUGUACAUGGAACUUAAGUACAACAUUUGUACCACCUGUGUACAAAAGGAAUUAGAUAUUUGAAUUUGAUAAGUCUAGCACAUUGCUUUUAGAAAAUAUUAAUAGGUACUGCUAGAUAAUAUAGGAAUAUAAAACUUUUUUAAUUCAUGCCUAUAAACAUGUUUCUUCUGUGACCUACUAUUUUGCCUUUCUCUAAAUAGUUAUAACGGUUACAUUGACAAUUAACGUUGUACCAGUACGUUUUAGAGAAAAA